GUCAGGCGCGCGCAGUAAUGACGCCACGACGCUGACGCGGGAGGAUGGCGGCGGCGUCCGUGGCCUGGGCUGGGAGACGGUGGGCUGAGCCGCCGAGACUCGGAAGAGCCCGCCGCUCGCGCGAGGUGUAGACGGGGCACUGCCUACAGAGCAGGUCCUGCCAGCCUCGCUGGAGAGGAUGCCCCCGUGUCCGUGAUGGGCUGUGGGACAAGCAAGGUCCUUCCUGAGCCACCCAAGGAUGUCCAGCUGGAUCUGGUCAAGAAAGUGGAGCCCUUUAGUGGCACUAAGAAUGAUGUAUACAAGCACUUCAUCACAGAGGUGGACAGUGUUGGCCCUCUCAAAGCUGGGUUCCCAGCCAACAGUCAGUAUGCACCUCCUUGCCCUGGUGUUCCCACUACUGGCCACACAGAGCCUCCCUCAGAACCACCACGCAGGGCCAGGGUGGCAAAGUACAGGGCCAAGUUUGACCCACGUGUGACAGCUAAGUAUGAUAUCAAGGCCCUGAUCGGCCGAGGCAGCUUUAGCCGAGUGGUACGUGUGGAGCACCGGGCAACCCGACAGCCGUAUGCUAUCAAGAUGAUUGAGACCAAGUACCGCGAAGGGCGGGAGGUGUGUGAGUCUGAGCUCCGAGUGCUGCGCCGGGUGCGCCAUGCCAACAUCAUUCAGCUGGUGGAAGUGUUUGAGACACAGGAGCGUGUAUAUAUGGUGAUGGAGCUGGCCACUGGUGGUGAGCUCUUUGACCGGAUUAUUGCCAAAGGUUCUUUCACUGAGCGGGAUGCCACAAGAGUGCUGCAAAUGGUACUGGAUGGUGUCCGGUAUCUGCAUGCCCUGGGCAUCACACACCGAGACCUCAAGCCUGAGAAUCUCCUCUACUACCACCCAGGCACUGACUCCAAGAUCAUCAUCACUGACUUUGGCUUGGCCAGUGCCCGAAAGAAAGGUGAUGAUUGCCUGAUGAAGACCACCUGUGGCACACCUGAGUAUAUUGCUCCUGAGGUCCUGGUUCGAAAACCCUAUACCAAUUCCGUGGAUAUGUGGGCACUGGGUGUUAUUGCCUACAUCCUACUCAGUGGCACCAUGCCCUUUGAGGAUGAUAACCGCACCCGGCUGUACCGGCAGAUCCUCAGGGGCAAAUACAGUUAUUUGGGGGAGCCCUGGCCUAGUGUAUCUAACCUGGCCAAGGACUUCAUCGACCGCCUGCUGACAGUGGACCCUGGAGCCCGGAUGACCGCACUGCAGGCCUUGAGACACCCAUGGGUGGUAAGCAUGGCAGCCUCUUCUUCCAUGAAGAAUCUGCACCGAUCCAUCUCCCAGAAUCUCCUCAAGCGUGCUUCCUCUCGCUGCCAGAGCACCAAAUCUUCCCAGUCCACACGUUCCAGCCGCUCCACACGCUCCAACAAGUCACGCCGUGUUCGAGAGCGCGAACUGCGGGAGCUAAACCUGCGCUAUCAGCAGCAAUACAAUGGCUGAGCCACUAGCUAUGACAUGGACACACUGUUGUCUCAUCUUGGCCACUCUCUGCUCUGUCACCUGGGCCCAAUGUUUUCUGUACCUAGGCAUCAUGACCAGCUGUAUAUAGAGCAUGUCUGGACCCAGCUCUUCUCUGUGCUUUAGUAGUCCCUACCUCCUGUCAUGGGCCUGGGCCUGUUAUGAAAUGGUGGCCCAGGACCAUCUAAACUGGGAGCCUGGUACGCAGCUGCUCUGAGCUGGAAGAAAGGGCAGGACCCAGUCCCCACUGAUCUCCUUAAUGUUUGCCUCUGUCUUGGACCAAAGGGGUCUAUAGAAUUGGGUAAAAAGGGUCCUAUGGCUUUGGACUCUCUGAAUCUGUCACUUUUAUAAACCCCCCUUUCCUCCACAAAGCAUUGGUCUAGCUCCCAUAUCUUACGUCAUGCUAAUCCCUAAGAUUACGCUCCAGUGGGAGUCUAGCUUUUGUCAUAGCUAGAUUGCAAGCCCGGGUGCCUCAUUGGUGCCUGAGCCCUAGUCAGAUCCAAGCAACCCCAUCAUUUCCCCCAGCCAAGAGCAAGCUUUCUUCAUGGUGCCACUAGGGACCCUUUCUAGCCCCUAGACUUGCCAGGACCUCUGGUGGGAGGACUGUGGCGUGGACCUUAGCCUCGGGCUCCAGCCUCUCUGUGAGAGAGAUCCUGCCUCUCACCCUCAGUGUCU